AUGGCAGAUCCGUACAACCCUUACAGCUCAUACCCCACGCCCACACCGGGCGGGGUCAGCUACUACCCCCCGGACAAUCAGUCUCAGAACCCUGCAUAUGGUUACCAACAACAACCAUACGGAAACCAAGACCCAUCUCAGCCCAUUCAAGAUCCGUACCAGCCUGUUCAAAGCCCGUACCAGGCCUACCCCUCACAGCAUAGUCAAUAUAAUCUUGCGCCGGAGCCGUAUGGAGCCCCGCUGGAAAGAAGCUACACCCCUGCCGGGCAGCCUGAUUACCAGGGCCCGAUGACUCAAGUUGGAUAUCAGCAUGCGCAGACCAAAACCCCGGAAAAUGCAGACUACUACAACAACCACCCAGAUCACCCAGACCAGCCUCGAUACGCGGCUCAACCCCCCACCCUUCACGUAUCAGAGCCUGAGGAUGAGCAGCAUGCCGAGCAGCGCGGAAUAGAUGAUGGCACGGACCGAGGUCUGGCGGGGUCACUUGCCGGCAGCGUGGCGGGUUACUAUCUUGGGCACAAGAAAGAGCACGGUUUGCUGGGCGCAAUCGGAGGUGCACUUCUCGGAAACUUCUUGGAGGAUAAGGUGAAGGAUUAUCAGAAGAGUGAUGAUGGCGAGGAUAAACAUGAGCAUGACCACGAUGAUCAUCAUCAUCACCAUCGCCAUCGCCAUCACCGUCAUCGAAGUCACUCAAGGCACAGUGGUCAUUCUCAUGGUCAUUCCCAUUCCCACAGUUCACGACAUACCAGCCACUCGAGAUAUCGCGAUGAAGAUGAGUACAGAGAGUGA